GCUCCAAUCAAAAACAAGUCUUAAAGUGAGCAGCAAAAACCCCACCUCUUUUUAACAAACAUAAAGAGGAGGAUGGAGAACGAAGGAAAUGAUAAAUCUGUACAUGGGCAGAGCUUUAACACACAGAUUUUUAUGGAGUCUGCUCUAAGAUUCAUCUGCAGUCAUUUAUAAAAGGCUUAUAUCUGAAAUUCUAACCACAACCUAGACACAGAUCUCUCACAGAUUUUCUACAUAGCAGGCUUGAUGGAUAAAAUGGACAAUGGUGGCAUCACUGAUAAUACAAGUUCCCAAAACAAGGGGACCAUGGAAACCAAAGCUACAGUUCUGCAAAAAGAUGUAGGUCUUAUAAGUGGGAUCUGCUUGAUUGUGGGAACAAUGAUUGGUUCAGGAAUCUUCAUCUCUCCCAAAGCUGUGCUGGAGGAAACAGGAGCAGUGGGACCAUGCCUGUGUGUGUGGGCAGCAUGUGGUUUGCUGGCUACUUUUGGAGCUCUUUGCUAUGCAGAGCUUGGCACCAUGAUAACAAAGUCAGGUGGUGAGUACCCAUACCUGAUGGAGGGUUUUGGGCCCAUUCUUGGCUACCUUUACUCCUGGACAACCAUCUUAAUACUGAAGCCUUCCUCAUUGGCCAUCCUUGCCCUCAGCUGUGGAGAAUAUGCUUCUACGCCUUUUUACCCAGGGUGCACCCCACCAGUGAUCAUCAGAAAAGGCCUGGCUGCUGCUUCCAUCUUGGUGCUUACAGUGGUGAACUGUUUAAGUGUGAAGCUGUCUAGCUUUGUACAGAAUUUCUUCACUGCAGCCAAACUUCUAAUCAUUGUCAUCAUUGUGGUUUCAGGCAUUGUUAUGCUGGCCAAAGGAAACACGCAGAAUCUGCAAAAUGCAUUUGAAGGAGGAGAGACUUCAUUUGGAGCAAUAGGACUUUCAUUUUACAAUGGUCUUUGGGCAUAUGAUGGAUGGAAUCAGCUGAACUUCAUUACAGAAGAGCUGAAAGACCCAUAUAGGAACCUUCCCUUGGCCAUCAUUAUCGGGAUUCCUUUAGUGUCAGUGUGCUAUGUGUUGGUAAAUAUUGCAUACUUCAGCGUCAUGACACCUACAGAACUACUUCAGUCUUCUGCUGUUGCUGUGACUUUUGGGGAUAGAGUGCUGUACCCACUCUCAUGGGUGGUGCCGUUGUUUGUGGUCUUCUCCACUUUUGGAGCUGCUAACGGAAGCUGCUUUACAGCUGGAAGGCUGACCUAUGUGGCUGGACGUGAAGGACACAUGGUGAAGAUUCUUUCCUAUAUCAGUGUGAAACAUUAUACACCCUCACCAGCACUCAUUUUUAAUGCACUUCUGGGUUUCUGCUAUGUAAUUCCAGCAGACAUCAAUUCUCUUAUUAAUUACUUCAGCUUUGCUCAGUGGGCUUUCUAUGGGCUUACUGCCCUCUCUCUCAUUGUCAUGCGCUUCACAAAAAAGGAGUUACACAGACCUGUGAAGGUGCCCAUAGUUAUCCCUGUUAUGGUGGUGAUUGUUUCCAUUUACCUGGUUUUGGCUCCAAUCAUUGACAAACCUGAGCUUGAGUAUCUGUACUGCACAGUGUUCAUCGUCGGUGGACUGAUUAUUUACUUUCCCUUCGUGUACUACAAGUUCGGCUGGACCCCCAAAGUCAUGUCUCCUCUCACCAAGCAUCUUCAGCUGCUAAUGGAAGUUGUACCACCUGAGAAGAUAGAGUGAAGAAUAUCAUCAAUAAAAGGAACCGAUACUUUCAUCUGAUGACUAAAUAAUAAUUCUAUUGUUUUAUUCUAUUUAAAAGGGAAUCUUAAAAAUGUUAACAUAACUACCAGGGUGUUUUCCUCAUUAGAUUCAUGGGCCUUAUUUAUCAAUCUUUUAGUAUUUUUUAGUAAACAGUGAAAGAUUAAGGAGAUGUGAAUGUUGUUGUUAUUGUUUUUUGAAUAUAAAUAAAAUUAGCAGUACCAGAAAAAAGUCAAACUCUAGAGAAAAAUGUAAGAAAAGUGAAUCAGGUGGAAAUGAAAUGAAAAUCGAAAGAAGAAAAUAAUUGCACAGAAAGAAAGUUAGCUUUAAAUCUUCUGUUACUGUAGAUGUGCCAUUUGUUUACUACUUAUGCCUUUGCAUAGACAGACCAGACCAGCCUCUACUUGUACUUAUACUGUAGCAUUUCUUUUUCAUAACUCUUUGACUUCUUUAUGGUUUUCUGAAUUUUCUGAAUGGUACCCCUGCUCCCUGACUAGGAUGAGUUUUUGAUAGCAACUAGAAAGCACUUUUAUAAGCUGCUCUGGAGAAUGGUGUCUGCUAAAUGCUAUAAAUUAAUUCAGAAAAUAAGCAAUUCCCCUUCACAGCAUAUAUAAAAGUGCAUAUACACAUAUGAUUUGAGGUUGAUCAAGAUGAUUUAUUAGAUUUGUCAGUCUUCCUAUAUCUAUAUUUACAUAUACUGGAGCACACAAAAGUUUUUUUCCUCCCAAGCUUUUAUAAAUGUAGUCCACUGAGCUAAAGAUCUAAACAUUUACUACCUCCACCUGCAGAUUAUAAAUGUUAUUAUAUACGUAUAAAUAUUACACAGGGUGUUGUAAAUACCUUUUAACACUAUACAUUUUGUCCUUUUUAUUCUGAUCUUUUUACUUUGACUUUCUUUUCAUAUCACUACCCUUUUUUUAGAACUACUUUUAUCUGUUAAAAAAGCAAUAUAUGGUGUAAAAUGCAUAUACUGAGUUUUAUGCU